CGUUGCUCUCUCUUUUGUCGGUUUUCUUUUCUCUCCCUUCAACCUCCAUCUCUUUCCCUCUUGCACAUUUCCUUCCCCCUGCUUCUCUUCUGUUUCCAUGAUACACUAAUAGGUUUCAAUAUCACCAUUAGUUAUCGUUCUAAAGUCUGGCAUUCUUGAAUAAUAUCGCGACCUUUUAGCGCUUCUUUCGCACCGCGGAUCAAAGAAAAACAGCCGCGUCGCUUGUUUUUAACAUGCCAUCUUAUCGCUUGGAGCAAGCCUCUACCGGCAGAGCUGGCUGUCAAAACAAAGAAUGCAAAGACGAGAAGGUCAAGAUCGCCAAAGGCGAGCUCCGUCUCGGCACCUGGGUUGACACCGAGCGCAUCCAGGCAUUUUUCUGGAGACAUUGGGGCUGUGUAACACCCAGAAUCAUUGCUAGUCUCAAUGAAAAUCUUGGGGAUGGUGACGAGAAGGAUUACGAACAGCUAGAUGGCUUCGAAGAUCUUACUCCGGAAAAUCAGGAGAAGGUCAAGAAGGCGCUGGAACAGGGCCAUGUCGAUGAUGACGAGUGGAAGGGGGAUGUUGAAAUGAACCGUCCUGGUAAGAAUGGCUUCCGCGUGCGCGGAUCAAAGAAGAAGACGGCUGCCGCUGAGGAGAGCGAAGCUGAAGCAAAGACCCCUGAGCCAAAGACCAAAAAGCGUGGCCGUCAGUCAAUCAAGGACGAGGCUGAAGGUCAUGCUGAAGAUCAUGCUGAAGAGACACCGGAAACCAAGAAACCUAAGACAGGAGCACGUGGAAAGCGAGCCUCCCAAGGCAAGGCGACAAAGGAAGAAGCAGACGACGAUGCGGCAACUCCUGCAAAACCCAGGGCAACUAGAAAGGGCCGUGCCUCGAAGAAUGACACCGAGGACAAGGAAUCACCAAAGGCUCCUGCCAAAGCUACUAAGCCCGCUGCUAAGCGCCAGCGGAAGGCUGCUGCGAAAGAUGAUGAAGCGGAGCCUGUUGAAGAAGAGCCUGCUGAGGAAAAGCCGAAGCGAGGCCGGAGGAAGAAGACUGCUACUUAAUGGUGCCCUACCACCAAUGGACACUCUCGGUCUUAAUUUCAUGCAUGGUGUCUUGAUGUUCUGUGGGAGUUUUUCGUUUUCUCGUUUCAUUAUGAGCUUCUAGUGUCGCUUUGUGUUGUUGUUAUGCGAGUAUGUUGAAGGUUCGUGUGUGAGCAGGCGAGCAGGCGAGCAAGCGUCUCCGUUGUAUGUCAACUUUCAUCCGUCCGAGGCGAAAUGGUUAUGCCGAUAGUUACUUACGGUGUAUUAAUAGUAAAUCUUAAUAGGUGCUAUAAUGAUACAAUCACCUAAUUCUGUAUAACUGAAAUCCACGGGCUUGUGAAA